AUGCUGAAGCCCCGCCCACGCAAAGAGAAACCUAGAGGCGGGAUUCUCCCAGUAACUGAUAUCCAAGCAUCAUAUUUAGAGGAUGGACAGUUUUCACUCCUGCAUUCCCAAGGGUCAGAUGGAGGCAGGGAAAAAUUUGUUCUCAGCCUCAAAGAAGAUUUAGACAAUGUAGGUGUCUUCAUUGCUGCGAAUCGGUUCUCUGACCUGCUGGUGAAUGUUAAUUUGGAUGAAACCGAAACCGAAUCUGCUUCUGUUUCCAAAACAUCAUCAGGAGGGGUGGCUGUUCCUCUUGUGUCAGGUUCUGUUCCUCAUCAGACUUCUGACCUCUCAACUGGUCUUCUGUCAUUCUCUCAUAUCGGAGACAAAGAUACAUUGGCAGCUCAGGCCACUGUGCUCCCAGUGAUGAUGGAGGAAGAGGAGGGUUCCGCCAGUGAAGGGACAGACAGUGAAAGGUGCAGUGGCAGCAUCGCCAGCUUCCUGGCCAAUGAGAAACUAAUGUCUCUGGACGGCAUGAACAGUGAUAUGACAGAUGAUGACAUUGAUGUGAACCAGCUCCAUGAUGAGGAACUGGAGCUGUAUUUCAAUAAGCUGAUGCCACCUGCAAUGCAGAGAGGCAGAGUAGAAGGACAAGAAAUCCCUGUUGAGUUACCUUCCAGUUUAUCUCAACCCCACUCCACUGAACCAGAAUGGAACAGACACCAUGAUGACUAUGACCAAAGGGACUUUCACAUGCCUGAUGUGCGUCUGGCAGCCACAGGUAUGGAUUCUUGUCCUGCAAGUGAUGAAGAGGAUACAGAGGAUGAACUAGAAGCUUCACGGAACCGGGGUAGAGCAAGAUUCCUCCUACCCAGCAUCUCCAGACAACCGGUUGGGGAGAGCCGUCGGCCACAUUUUCGACCAGGUUUGGAAGGAGGAAGCUCUGAUGAUGAGCUACAGACGGGGGGGAGGAACCCUGACACCAGGACAGGCAUUGAGCACCGCCGCUCAGCAGAGGGACAGGUCAUCAACUCGCCUAUUACUGGUGAUGGAGGAGGAGACGGGAGUAGUGGCAGUGAUGAGGAGGGAAAUGGAGGUGUAUCUAGCAUUCCUUUGCCUCCCACCACAGUCCAGAGCACCUAUGAUGUGCUUCGUGGUCUUGGCAUCGUGGGUGGAAGUGGACAGAUGGGACAUGAUGAUCAGCUUCAAUCUUUGCUCAGCAGAUCAGGCAUGAUUAUGCAUGGCCAGAUGGGUGAUCGUGUUGGUCCAGUUGGCACAGGGGAGACUGGUCAUGCUACUGUGGCAUCUGGACCUGCCAUUCGAUGCCCAGUUAAUUGGAGCAUGAGUCUGGAUCGACAGGAGGCUCUUGAUGCAAUGGAUAACACAGCAGAAGUUCACCUGGAUUCUGUAUACUUGAGGGCAGGUGCUGGUCAUAACCCUCAGGACAUUUCUUCUACAGUCAGCCCCUUCCUUCAGGGCACCCAGAGCAGUUUCCACCUCUCUCAGGUACUUCAGGAAUCGCAUAAUAAAACCGAACAAGUGAUCGACCUGGGCCACACUGUGGAUCUUGGUGCCCUGGGCAUGCGUGGUGGCCCUUGUGGGGAUUCUCCAGUUCUCAAUGAACAGCAGAGCACCAGCAGUAAAGAUGAUCAACCUGGAGAGUCUCUGGAUGCUAGGUACCUUUGCCAGAGCUUUGAUGAGAAUCAUGAGGAACAUAAUGAUAUUUGGAAUCACCAGCCAGACAAUUUGGAGCUUGAGUUACAGCAAGGCACAAAUGCCACUCACAGUGUGGUCUACCAGAAUGAAGAGGGAAAAUGGGUCACUGAUUUGGCCUAUUACUCUUCCUUCGAGAAGGAAUUGGAGGCCAAUAUGCCUGAGGAAGUUGCUAUGCAGUUUCAGUCUGAAGAUUUUCUUGCUGGAAGCCAGGCCAUGGACAAGAUAAUUGAGGAUCAGGAGGAGUUUGAAAAGGACCACCAGUUUAUGCAGGAAGAGCAGAUUCAAGCUGUAAAUAUGAGUGAAGUGCUGGGAGACACAUCUUGGAAAAUCCCAAGUAGUAGUAACAUCCUCAUGAGGGCCUCCCAGGUCUCCUCUGAACUUGAGCCUGGGAACCAAAGUUAUCUGCGUAUUUCACUGGGGGAGUUUUUUCAGAGGCGCUCUGAAGCUCUGGGGUGCCUUGGGAGCGCUGAAGAGGACAAUGUUAAAAGGCCAUCUUUUGGAUACUUCAUUACAUCCCCUGAGAAGAGGAAACCUGUUGCGUUACUUCGACCCUCAGAUUUGUUCUCCAGAGGAAGCUCCAUCAACAUUGAGACAGUUACGCAAAGUGAUGCUGAUGAGACACUUAAUCCAGAUGAUCUAGAUAAGACUCUUGAGACCAACACUGCUGAAGCCACACAUGAGAAUAAUGUUCCACCGCAAAGAACUGAGGGACAGGUUUCCCAGAUCUCUGCACAAUAUGGAGAUAAGGAGAGUUCUGGCCAUUCAGAAUCACCCAACCCCAGCAGCAGUCUUCUGCUCAGCAUCAGUACAAUUGCAUCUGCAAUUGCUGAUGCCUCCAUCAGCUCAGAUCCAGCACAGCUUGCUGCCAUGAUCAUGGAGCUGUCCAAACGGAGCCGCUCUAAAAGCCGUCAGCAAGUAGCAGAAGAGUCGAUUAUGAGUCCUGAUUCUGUAGCAGCCAUAAAUCAAAAUGGGCUGCUGGAGGAUCUGCAGAAGACCACAUCAGUGGGUGACCUUAGUACUCCUGACAUGGAGAAAUAUCUGAAGAGGGCUGAGGUCUCAAGUAGUGACAGUGAUGGAUCCACCUCACAGUCCUGCUUGGACAUCCUCACUUUGGCUGAUAGUUUGGCCAGUUCUAACAAGCUGACUCAACAGCAGUUGGCGCCUCUGGAAAAUGGAUCCAUCCAUAACAAUGAAGAGCAAGCAGUAGGCAAAACAUUUCAAAAACUGGCAGGUAAUGCGUCGAAACAAACAGAGGGUACUUAUGUUGUGUCACCAAAUCCAAGGUCAGAUGUCAAACGAAGUGCAAUUCCUCGACCCAAGUCAAGCAGUUUACCAACUACCACUGUGUAUCCAGCCAAAAGAUCUUUAGGUUCUGGGCAGUCAUCAUCUUCCACAUCCUUCAAAUCAAAAACUGUUGAUUUCAAAUCUGGCAUUGAGAAAAACAAAAAUGACUAUCGUGCAGCACCAUCCACCAAUAAAAGUGUCCCUGAAUCCAAGAUCAAAAUAGGAACGGCUCGAUCACCAGUAGCCAGCACUUCCACCACAGGUAACCGCCGCUCUCUGAAAGGUGAAGGGACCAUGUCAACUCCUGCUUUUUCCCCAAAGACCUCACCUGGCCUUUGCCGUUUUGAAGUAUCGUCGUUGAAGACCUCCCCACACAAACCCAAGACAACAGGAGGCCGGGCAGACAAACCUGCCAUUAACCAGGCACGAUCACCCAGAAGCCCUAAAGCCACUCAGUCAGUUUCAAAAGAGAAAAUUGCAGCUGUUGAUCGUCAGGAUUCCCUGCCAACAACACAGGAAAAAUUUGGCUCCCCUGAGAGCAGUGUCCCUGGUGUUGUGGAGGUCACCCAUUGUAAUUUCAGACCAUCCACUUCCCCUCUUACCCACUCCAGUCCAAGCCAGACCUCCGUUCCAAGUGGAUAUGGAGAGAUGUCUCCAUGUUCCCCUAGUAGUGGAAAGGCUCAGAGGAGUCCUGCUGGCGAUACAGGUUCCCCUCAGUCCCAUUGUUCAAGCCCAUCUCUCAGUAGACUGACUUAUCUCUCCAUUAAUGAGAACACUUGCAUGCCCACCCUUGAUCACCAUAAGGUGGAGUCUCUCCCAUUCCAGUGGCUGAUAGUAAAGAAUAAGACCAUAAUUGGACCCAAAUGUACAGAAGAACAGAGGGUUUUAUUUAUAGCACCAAGGUCUGGACUGUAUCAGUAUACUCUCAGUGUGUCAUCCUGGCCUGCAUCUGCAGAGUCAGAGACUGUGGCGCAUGCUGAAGUCUUUGCUAAGAAAGUGGUGCUGAUCGCUGUGGCUGAGAACCCAGUGAUCGAGGUUGAUGUUGGAAAGACAGGCUGUCUGGACUUUUGGGACAUGCCGGGGGGCAGUUCCAAGGCCCUGCCGCUCAAGCUGGUCAACAGGACUCAUGCCACUGUGCCUAUUCGACUAGUUAUCAGUGCGAAUGCAUCAGCAUGGCAUUGUUUCGGCUUCUCGAAGAGCCCAGUUGCCAUGACCACGGAUGGUUCCCUUCAUACUGGCUCAAGUCUGACCUCGCUUUCAACUUCAUCAGUCAUAAACCAUGUGCUGCAUGCCAGUUAUGCAGAGAAUCAAGAAAGCUGCUUGGUGUGGGUUCAUUUCAGUGCACCACAGAAGUACAUUUCAAGUUCAGGUGAGUUGGGGCCAGCUGAUGAAUACAGUGCACGGGUGGAUAUUGAGGUGGACAGUCCAGGCCCCAGUCAUGUGAUUCAGAGUGUAGCCCUGAGGGCAAGGUCAGGCACUCCCAGAGUGCAUGCACCCAAAGACCUGCAGACGGUGUGUCUUCAGGCUCCUUUGGGGCAGACAGCCAAGCAGACUCUUCCUUUAAAAAAUGCAGGCAACAUUGAUGUUCUACUCCGAGUAAAGAGUACUUGUGGAGACAGCCGUUUCACUGUGAGGCCAGAGGAACUGACUCUGAAAGCUGGAGAGGAGCAGGGUGUAGUGGUCUCCUUCACUGCCCAGGACAAACAGAAACUCGGGGAGAGCAUGUUGACGAUUUUGGUUCUACCCAGUGGACCUCAGUAUGAGGUGAUGCUGAAAGGAGAGACGGUCCAAGGAGUUUCUGGGAAAGUAGUAUCUCUACCUGCUGUGUUAUCACAGGCUGAGGUCCCACCCAUCCUCUCCAACAAACAGUUCAUGGCAUGGGGAGGGGUUACCCUGGGCAGAGCAGUGCAACAGAAACUGGUGCUAAGGAACAAUUCACCCACUACAUCACAGCAACUCAGACUGCUCAUUAGGGGCCAAGACCAAGACUGUUUCCAGCUGCAGAGCUCAUUCGGCCCAGAUGAGCGACUGACACGUAACAGAGAGCUGUCAAUCAAACCCAAAGAGGAUGUGACUGUUCAUCUGCUCUUUGCUCCCACCCGUGUUGCAUCCAUGCUGGCCAAACUGGAGAUCAAGCAGUCUGCUGCACGUGCCUCCCAGCCUGGGGUCAAGUUCACUAUCCCUCUGUCAGGCUAUGGCGGCACGAGUAACGUGAUCCUGGAGGAGUUGAGGAAGCGUUCUGAAGGCUAUGUGGCCACGCUGAGUGGAGUGCAGGCAGGACGUGUCAGGAAGCUUUGUGUGUGUGUGAGAAACACGGGUUCACGUGCUGCUUUCGUGAAAGCGGUAUCCUUCAGCAAUCUUCAAAAUCGAGCUGUCAUGGACUCAACCAUUAUUAGCUUGUCCCCUUCACAGUUUGUCCUGAAAGAGCGAACACAGGAGGUGAUCACAAUAGCAAUGAAGGCUUCACGCAGAGAGCAGGCUAUCUGUCAGUCUGGUGCAGCUCUUCUUGCCACUGUCUGCCUCUUCUGUGGGGACGAGGUGUCUCGACAACAGUUCAGGAAGUUACUACAAAUCAAACCAGAAGCAGGGAAUAAAGUACUGUCUGAGAACAGCUUAUUAAAAAGUAUCCCAUUUGAUGAAAUGUUCCUUGGAGAGGAGCAGGUUCAAGAGGCCUAUGAUCUGCCUCAAAGGCCAAAUGAAGCCCAGAUUUUCUAUAGCAACAUGAGCAAAGUUAUGCUGUCGCUAUUUGGCACUAUGGAAAUGUCAGACUCUGGAGAGAGUGACCAUAUGGAGUCCGUCAGGCCUUCACAAAGGCACACCUCUGAAUCAGACAGUUCUCUACUCAGCGGUUUGGGGUCAUCAGGGCGCUACAUCAGUAAUGUUUCCCUGGAUGUGCUACCAGUCAAAGGUCCUCCAUUAAGUCCAUCGGAACCUGUGCUGAAACAAACAGAGCUGAACCUAGAGAACACCUGGAGCAUCAAGCCUGAACAGCUGGUUCUCACUGCACCCACUAUCAACAGUGUGGCUGACACCAGACAUGUGCAGAUACUGAACCGCUCGAACAGAGAGCUGAGCUUUGAGCUGUCCUGGCCAGCUCACUGCCUAACCAUCACCCCACAGCACGGAGUCAUUGAACCUCAGAGCCACUUGCAAAUCCUCAUCAGUCCCAAUCCUUCUCUUGCAACCAAAUCCUCCAUGCUGCCCUGGAGUGGACAGAUCUAUGUACAGUGUGAUAAUCAACAGAAGUCCAUUAAAGUUCAGAUCCGGCAAGAUCUGGCCAUGGAUGUUUCUGCCACUAGCUGCGCCAUGGACCGCUCUUUACGCCCACUGCCACCUCAAGCUGAGACCCCUUUAGUACCAGGACAGAAACUUCAGAGCAGCAGCACCCAGCCUCAGGUUGAGAUCAAGAACCGAACGCUGGUCUUCCCUCCCACUGCCUCUGGAGAAUCAUCAGAAUGUUCUCUGGAGGUGGAGAAUCAUGGAGAGGAGGUCAGAUGGUACCUCUCUUCAUUUGCUCCUCCAUAUGUAAAGGGUGUCGAUAGCGGUGGAGAUGUUUAUCGUGCCACAUACUCUGCCUUCAGAUGUGAGAAAGCAUCUGGGACUCUGGGGAUUCAAGAGAGGAUGCAGGUUCCAUUCGCUUUCCUUCCACGUGACCGGGGAGAUUAUGCGCAGUUUUGGGAUUUGGAAUGUCACCCAACAGCCAAACCUCAGCACAAGAGCCGUGUUCGCUUCCAGUUGUGUGGUGCUGGCAUAAGAGCAGGAGAAGCAUCGAGUGUUAAAGAAAAUUGCUCCUUGGUGAAAACGGAAGCCACUGUGAAGAACAGGAAGAGACUGGAUUCUGCAGGCUCAAAGACUGGAUCUUCAACUGAGAAUCAGAAGAGGGGCGUUUAUGCACCUCAAAGUCUGUACACAUUUCCUGCCACACGAGUGGGCGCCACCAGCACACUGAAGGUUAACUUCAGAAAUAACUCCUCCAACACACAUGAGCUAAAAUUCAUAAGUCCUAAAGAGCCUUUCCACAUCAAGCAUUCAAAUUAUUCUCUAAGAUCACAACACUACAUCAACCUCCCUGUUCAGUUCGUGCCAGCCACUGCGGGCCAGUUUUCCGGCACGCUACUCGUACAGACGGACACAGACGCUAAACUGAUCGUAGAGCUCAGUGGAGAAGCCUUGCCAUGAA